GUGGCCUUCCUCUGGCUAAACGAGACAACUGUCCCAGUCUCUCUCUCUCCCUCUCUAGAUUAUCUCUUCACCUCCUUCCUUCAAAAUCCAUCGCUUAUUUUUUCUCUGUCCAAAAUUCAAAACUUUCGCAUUUACAUAAACCACCGCUACGCUUGCCAGAUUCUCUUACCUUAACAAGACAGCAGAGAUUUAAAUCCCUUAAAGACUCCUUGCGCUAACAAAUCAAACGCCAGCGCUCCCUCCCUCCCUCCCUCCCUCUCUCUGGUAAUCUCGAACCAAUCAAGUGCCGAUUGAGGCGCGGAGUGUGUUUGUCUGUAAACGCUUAGAACAUUUAAUCCAAUGAGAUUGGUGCUUCUCUCCGAUGCUUCUCUGUAGAAAUGGCCUCUGCUUCUUCGUUGUCAGUCCCAGUGGAAUGCUUGAAUAUAUGUAAGUUAUUAUCGAAGGGGGAUGGAAGUGGGAGAUAUGAGUGUAGUGUGCUUUCUUGCGCGUGGAAAGCUCCUAGAGUUUUGACUGGGUUUCUGGCCAGCACUGCCCAUCCUUCUCCGCAGUGUUCGUCAUUCUUGUGUGGCCGAAAUGGAAGAAGGAAGCAGUUUAAGUCUAGAUGCAAAGCCUUUGAUACCGGAGGUUGUUAUUCCAGUGAAGAUUCUGACUUUGCACUUCUUGGGAGAUUUUUUAAAUCCAGAUUGCAUCAUGUAGCUGGUAAAAAAUGGCAAUUGUCUUCUUCAUCGUCCAUUUCUGCAGAUACCUUCAAUGAAGUUUCUCCUGAGAGAUUGUGGGAGGAUCUUAAGCCUACUGUUUCAUACCUUUCACCAAAAGAAUUGGAAUUGGUCCAUAAAGCUCUUAAGCUGGCCUUCGAGGCUCAUGACGGUCAGAAAAGACGCAGUGGAGAGCCCUUCAUUAUUCAUCCUGUUGAAGUUGCACGUAUUCUAGGAGAACUUGAACUGGAUUGGGAGUCAAUUGCUGCUGGAUUACUGCAUGAUACUGUCGAGGAUACGAAUGUUGUUACUUUUGAAAGAAUUGAGGAGGAAUUUGGUCCUAUUGUGCGCCACAUUGUAGAAGGAGAAACUAAGGUAUCCAAACUGGGAAAAUUAAAGUGUAAGAACGAAAAUGAAUCGGUGCAAGAUGUAAAAGCUGAUGACCUGCGGCAGAUGUUUUUGGCUAUGACAGAGGAGGUCCGUGUUAUCAUUGUCAAAUUAGCUGACAGAUUGCAUAAUAUGCGAACUCUUUCGCACAUGCCAUUGCAUAAGCAGUCCAGCAUUGCAAUGGAAACACUUCAGGUCUUUGCUCCUCUUGCAAAAUUGUUGGGAAUGUAUCAAAUCAAGUCUGAGCUUGAAAAUCUAUCAUUCAUGUAUACAAAUGCUGAAGAUUAUGCUAAGGUCAAGAGGAGAGUUGCAGAUCUGUAUAAAGAACAUGAGAAAGAACUGGAAGAGGCAAACAAAAUUUUGAAGAAGAAGAUAGAGGAAGAUCAGUUCCUAGACCUUUUGACAGUGAAAACUGAUGUACGUGCUGUCUGCAAGGAGCCUUACAGUAUUUAUAGAGCUGUGCUUAAAUCCAAAGGUUCGAUCAAUGAAGUUAACCAGAUUGCUCAGCUUCGAAUUAUCAUCCAGCCAAAGCCAUGCAUUGGAGCCGGGCCUUUAUGCAGUCCACAGCAGAUAUGCUAUCAUGUUCUCGGCUUAGUCCAUGGAAUCUGGACCCCCAUUCCUCGAGCCAUGAAGGACUAUAUUGCAACUCCAAAACCUAAUGGUUAUCAAAGUCUUCAUACAACUGUAAUUCCAUUUCUGUAUGAAAGCAUGUUUAGACUGGAAGUUCAGAUAAGAACUGAAGAGAUGGAUCUGAUAGCUGAGAGAGGCAUUGCUGCUCACUAUAGCGGGAGAGUAUUUGUUACAGGUUUAGUUGGACAUGCAAUGCCUAACGGUAGAAGUACAAGAGGGAAGGCAGUCUGUCUUAACAAUGCAAACAUUGCACUCAGGAUUGGCUGGCUCAAUGCAAUUAGAGAAUGGCAAGAAGAGUUUGUUGGCAAUAUGAGCUCUAGGGAAUUUGUAGAGACCAUUACCAGAGAUCUACUCGGUAGCUGUGUCUUUGUAUUUACACCAAGGGGAGAGAUAAAGAAUCUGCCAAAAGGAGCAACUGCAAUCGACUAUGCUUAUAUGAUACACACUGAAAUUGGCAAUAAGAUGGUGGCUGCAAAGGUCAAUGGUAAUCUUGUCUCUCCAAUGCAUGUACUUGCUAAUGCAGAAGUCGUGGAGAUAAUUACUUAUAAUGCACUCUCUAGCAAAUCAGCUUUUCAGAGGCAUAAGCAAUGGUUACAGCAUGCAAAAACACGAAGUGCAAGGCACAAAAUUAUGAAAUUCUUAAGGGAGCAAGCUGCACUAUCUGCUGCUGAAAUAACAGCAGAUUCGGUAAAUGACUUUAUUGCUGAUUCUGAAGGGGAGAGUGAGGUAGAAUAUAUCUCAGAUAAUAACAAACGGAGCAGACCUCUGUGGGAGAAAAUACUUAUGAAUGUUGUGGAAAAGUCAUCCCAAGGGAAAUGUUCAAAUGAUUUUUUGCCCGUGAACUAUGGAACUGUGUGGACCCCCAAGGUCAAUGGGAAACAUAAUAAGCAUGUGCAGACCAAGGGGGAUUUAUUAUCUCAGGGAAAUGGUGUUGCCAAGAUGAUACAAGCUAGCAUUCCAAGGUACAAGGAAGUCUUGCCUGGUUUAGAAAGUUGGCAAGCCAGCAAGGUUGCCUCUUGGCACAGUCUUGAAGGGCACUCCAUCCAAUGGUUUUGUGUUGUAUGCAUUGAUCGAAGAGGCAUGAUGGCUGAGAUUGCAACAGCUUUGGCAGCUGUAGAUAUCAAUAUAUGUUCUUGUGUGUCAGAGACUGAUAGAGGAAGGGGAAUGGCUGUGAUGCUGUUUCAUAUUGAAGGCAACCUUGAUAGUUUGGUUAAGGGUUGCUCAAGUGUGGAUCUAAUUCAGGGUGUUUUAGGAUGGUCUACGGGAUGCAGCUGGCCAAGCUCAACAGAAAACCAUCUUCUUGAAUGCUAAUUGAUUGGUGGCCCCAGCUGUUGCAAGCUUGGGUAAGAAAUUUUGCCCCCAGAAAACUGAGGUUCUGGUGCUCUUACAUUUUUUGAUAAUUAGCUUUAUAGUUCUCAAGUAUUUUGUUGUCAUUGGGACAAAUAAAAUAAACCAGCAGCAGCCAAUUGAGCCAAGUCUGCCUGUGGAGAUUCAGGGCAUUGUAUAUAGUGAAAGAGUGGUAGUUAAAAAGUAUACACAUGUAAAGAUACUUGUGAAGAGAGGAUGGUGAAACAUCUAAACAAAAAGGUGUUUUUAAGAGUUCUUGCCGUAAGAUGACGCCUUUUUCUUUUUCUUGAUAUAAGCGACUCCUUUUGCCCGUGAA